AUGUCACUGUCCAAUGGAGCUAAACUUCCAAACCCAUUUGAUCUGAAUGACUCUCAAAUCCUGGAUAAAGUUUAUCUGACCCACCUCCAUGAUGAUGACAAAUGUGAUAAAGAAGUCCUUUUCCAUAUUGUAUCCAAUGUUAUACUUAGGACAAGGCUAGCAGAAACUAGAGCUGGUGUAACAGGUUUCCAACCAGAAUUCCGCACACUGAAGCUGAUUUCUUGUCAGAUGAUAACAACGCCUCGUGGCGAACGUUAUGUACACCAAACAACAAUGUGGAUUCUUCAAUACCUGAAAACGUAUUCAUGGGAUGCAAAAGCACUUGUUACUCUAGCUGCUUUCACUUUGGAAUAUGGAAACCUUUUGUACCUCACUGAUACUUCAACUUCAGAUCAACAACUUGUUAACACUUUGAAACGGCUGAAUCAAAUUCAAAACAGAAAGAUCACUGUUCCUGUUACAGAUUUGGUGGACUUGAUAAUGGAAGUGUUUCUGCAUAUUCAUGAGUGGGCCACUUGGUCUAGUGUUGGUUAUGAUACUCUUGAAGUUCCUUCUUUGUCUGAUGCAUCGGAAGAUAUCCCUGUUGCUGUUUAUUGGAUAAUUGCUUCCAUUGUUGCUGCUACUGGCAACAUCGUUGGUGUAUCGGACUACGCGUUAUCGAAUUUUAAAGACAGGCUUUCUUUGGUUGAUUCUAAAUUGAAGGAACAUCUGAAACUGAGCAAAGGACAAAUAGAUACUGUAGAAGAAUACUUGAAGCGCAAGAAAGCAAUUUCAAACCCUAAAGAUAUUGUAGAUUUCUUGAAGCUUUUGAUCCAACGCAAUGGAGAUAAUCUUCUAAUAUAUGAUGGCAACACCAAAACUAAAACUGAUAUUGAAGUGUUCAGAGAGAAAUAUGUGUUAUUGUUCAUUUCAAGCCUCAACAAAGUUGAAGAUGAGAUUCUGCUUUUGAAUUCUAUCUAUGACAGAUUGCAUGACAAUCCACAAGAAAUAGUGAAAGGUUACAAAAAAGAUGAUUUCAAGAUUUUGUGGAUCCCCAUCUACAGUGACGACCAGACUAUCAAGUUUGAUCUUCUGAAGAACAAAAUCAAAUUUUAUGCAGUAGAGAACUUCUCUAGAUUACCAGGCAUUGGACUCAUACGAGAGAAGUUGAAUUAUUGGGAUAAGCCUAUUGUUCCAGUGUUGAGCCCUCUGGGUGAAAUAAUGAAUGAUGAUGCAAUGGACUUGAUUUUUCAAUGGGGAAUAGAUGCAUUCCCUUUUAGGAAAAAGGAUGGUUAUGAUCUUACUCAAAAAUGGAAGUGGUUUUGGGACGCUACAAAGAGAGUCAAUCUUGGAAUACAGGUGAAAGGUGACAGAUACAUCUUCAUCUAUGGAGGUGGUGACAAAAAAUGGAUCCAAGACUUCACAUUAGCAUUGGAGAAAACAAAAAAGCAUGAAACUAUCAUAAGGGCAGAUGCUAUAAUAGAACACUAUCAUUUGGGAAAAGAUGAGGCCAAGAUUGUUCCUCGUUUUUGGAUAGAAAUAGAAAGCAAGAGACUUAAAAAGCACCAAGAUGGUCUAGACUGUGAGAUUCAAGAUAUAGUGAAGAGCUUGCUAUGUCUGAAGCAAGAUCCACAAGGUUGGGCUAUUUUGAGUAAAGGAUACAAUGUUAAGGUUUUGGGUCAUGGGGAACCUAUGUAUCAAACAUUGGCUGACUUUGAUAUAUGGAAAGAUAAAGUGCUUCAAAAAGAAGGGUUUGAUAUUGCUUUCAAAGAAUAUUAUGAGACAAAGGUUAAAGAUACAAAUGUUCGGCAGCCAUGUGAAAUGAUCAAUGUUGAUAAUAAUAAUAUUAAUGGGAAUGUUAUAGCUACCAUAUCAUGCCCAAAUCCAACUUGUGGGCGUGUGAUGGAGGUGUCGUCAGUUAACUACAAGUGCUGCCACCGUGAUGAUGCUCCACAGAAUGGCGAGAUCUGA